AAAGAUAUACAAUGCCUAACCCUCGGUUUCAUCUAGCAGGUCCGACUAGUGGAGCCGGCCCAAAACCGAUCCGAUAUACCCGACCCGUAAAAUCUGAUGCCAUUCACUGAAAAGGACGGCUUUGUUCUUCCACUUUCCGAGAAACCUAACCGUCGACGAUUCUGCAGAGAGAAGAACUCGAAAAGCAAAAUUUAGAAAUGAACCAGACGAGACGAAAGAGACGAACCGAUCCUUCUCUCUCUAGACUCGAAUCUCUCUCGCCGGAAAUGCUUUUUCCGACGAAAUCCCCGGCGCUGAUUUCCGCGCGCGUCAGAAACAUCUUCCUGUUGCUCACCAUUUGUGUCAUCGUCUGCAUCCUCUUCUCUUACGGAACUUUCCGCCGCGAGAAAAUCUCAUCGAUCGCUCGCUCGUUGUCUGUGUUCUCCACCCGACGCCGUCACUUACUAUUUUCGAUCGCCGCCUCUCACGACUCUUGGCUCCGCCGUAGCUCGUACGUUCGUCUCUGGUACACUCCCGAGUCCACACGCGCCGUCGUAUUCCUCGACCGCGGUGGAUUCGAUCCCGAUCUCAGUCUCCCUCAGGUAAUCGUUUCUAAAGACGUCUCUAGGUUUCCCUAUAACUUCCCUGGUGGUCUCCGAUCGGCGAUCCGCGUGGCUCGCGUCGUUAAGGAGACGGUGGAUCGGGGAGAUAAAGACGUGCGGUGGUUCGUUUUCGGAGACGAUGAUACAGUGUUCUUCGUAGACAAUUUGGUGACGGUUUUGUCAAAGUACGAUCACCGUAAGUGGUAUUACGUCGGGAGUAAUUCGGAGUUCUACGAUCAGAACGUGAGGUAUUCCUUUGAUAUGGCGUUUGGUGGAGGAGGAUUCGCCAUCAGUGCUUCGCUUGGGAAGGUUUUAGCAAAAGUUUUGGAUUCUUGUUUGAUGAGGUAUUCACACAUGUAUGGAAGCGACUCCAGGAUCUUCUCUUGCUUGGCUGAGCUUGGUGUUACAUUAACUCAUGAACCUGGAUUUCAUCAGAUUGAUGUAAGAGGGAACCUAUUUGGAUUGCUUUGCGCGCACCCCUUAUCUCCAUUGGUGUCACUUCAUCACUUGGACGCAGUUGAUCCAUUUUUCCCGAAAAUGAACCGGACAGAAUCCGUGGCUCGUUUAAUCGGAGCUGCGAGUUUAGAUUCCGCAAGGAUUUUGCAGCAGAGUGUGUGCUACGAUUCCUCAAACACAGUAACUGUUUCGGUUGUGUGGGGCUAUGCGGUUCAAGUUUACGAAGGCAAUAAGCUCCUCCCGGAUCUUUUAACCCUGCAAAAGACAUUUUCGACAUGGAGGAGAGGGUCAGGUGUCCAAAGCAACUAUAUGUUCAGUACAAGAGAAUAUCCCAGGGAUCCAUGUGGGAGACCGCUUGUCUUUUUCUUGGAUAGUGUAGGACCAGAUGGAGCUGAAGGAACAUGGAGUAGUUAUAACCUCCAUAGUGUCGGAAACUGCCACAGAGCAGAAGCUGUUAAGCGUCUACAAUACAUCCGAGUUCUGUCUCGUAAGCUGGAGCGUAAUGUUGAACAGAUGAAUCCUCCUCGCCGCCAGUGCUGUGACAUCUCAUCGCCUUAUAACAAAUCAAUGGUCAUUAAUAUAAGGCAAUGCAUGCCCGAUGAGCUAAUCGCCAUGAACAGUUAGCAUUUUUUUCUUGGCCAUCAUCUUCAAGAAUCAGCUAAACAAAGCCCGAGCCAAUUGCUCUAAACCAAUUGCGGAAUCUUAGGUGGGUUUAAGUGAUCUUCCUGACCGACUCCGAAAGUAGGUGUCUCAUAGAAGAGACCCGAGUUCGAACCAUAAAGAAACUCACACGAUUUUGCAUUUACCUCCAAGUUUGUCUUCUCUGUCUCUCCCUUUUUGUAACACGCGUAAGGAAAAGAAUAGAACUCAGAUCCUUCCUCUGUAAUCUGUAUAUAUGGUUGUGUUGGCCCUGUGCAUUGAUGUCUCUUAUACUCGAUCCAAAGUUUGGAGUUUUUGGUUAUAUAAGAGGUCACUUUGCUAUUUGAGCUUUUCAAUUUUUUGUUU